UUUUGUAAUUAGCAGAAGAUGUGGAUCAAACAUGGAUGCAGCUUAAAUGUAGUUAAAUUACUCUUCACCAUUUAGCUAGCUAGUUUAAGUUACAUGCAUUUUCCAUAAUCAAUCAAAUUACAUAUUCUCACUGGCUGACAGAGUGAAUGUUAUAGACGGUAUGAAAUGUGCGUUGUCUUAUUUUCAACUAGAAUUAGCUAAUGAUUUCCACUGGAUUGCUGAGAUAUCCAGGACAUUUUGGACGUAGUCUAGAGCAGUCUAAAUCACUAUUGUGACAUUUUAUUGUUUGGGGUUUUUUGUUUUUGUUUGUUAUACUUUGUAUUGCACAUCUAGACUACAGGUGAUGUGCAUCGUUAAUUUGGCAUAGUUAAGUCCAUCUAAUACAUUUUAUUUUUAAUCAGAAAAGAUCGGUUAUUAGCAGCAUUCAUACAAUUUGAUGCGUACAGUAUGCACUGCUUUGUGAGCUAUCCAAUCGUAGUGCACGACGGACUGGGAUACAGUUAGCCAAUCUGGAUCCAGGAUAGAGCUAUAACUAGCCAAUCGUAGCGCAGGAGGCGGGACUUGUCAAAAAAAUGCGGAUGUGACGAGAAAAAGAACGCGUCUAGAACUUGCGGGAGUUCCAACAUGGCGUCGAUGCAGAAAAGGUUACAGAAGGAACUGUUGGCUUUGCAGAGUGAUCCUCCGCCCGGAAUGACGCUGAACGAAAGAAGCGUUCAGAAUACGAUCACGGAGUGGUUUAUAGAUAUGGAGGGCGCUCCCGGAACCCUGUACGAAGGCGAGAAGUUCCAGCUUCUCUUCAAGUUCAGCAGCAGAUACCCGUUCGACUCUCCUCAGGUCAUGUUUACCGGCGAGAACAUUCCGGUCCAUCCGCACGUCUACAGCAACGGACACAUCUGUCUGUCCAUUUUAACGGAGGACUGGAGUCCGGCUCUGUCCGUCCAGUCCGUGUGUCUUAGUAUUAUCAGCAUGCUGUCCAGCUGCAAAGAGAAGCGACGUCCACCUGAUAACUCCUUCUACGUACGAACGUGUAACAAAAACCCAAAGAAGACAAAGUGGUGGUAUCACGAUGAUACGUGUUAGUAGUUCUGGGACUUUUAGCGUACUCCAGUUGAAAACAGACUCAUGGACGGUACACUUGCACUUUUUCGGAUCUUCGGUCCCGGGACUGAGCGGGCCUCUCGGGAGAAACGGCGUAUUUGGAGCGUUACACUUCAGCAGGCUGAAAAAAACCUGAAGAAACUCCAGGAAUGUAAAACUCCACGUGUACAGAGUGAGAAGCGAGAACGAUGCGUAUAAGGAGAGGGUUUAUAAACGGCGGGAUUGGUGCUGGAUCACUUUUUACCUCUUUUCCACUGACUCGGUGGAGCCGGUGCUGGUUCUGGGAACCGUUAAACCUUUUAAAGACGUGUUCUGCGAUUCCACUGGUUUCGUGUUCGGUUACCGUGUGAGUUUAUUGACGAACAGCCUGUAGGGGAGAAAGUUCGGCUGUGGGAACGCGUUUUAACACCCAGUUGUCCAUCCGCAGUACAAAAGCAUCAUGUUUAGCGCUUUUCACUGGACCUGUAACUGCACGUUAGCGUUAGCGUUAGCAAUAUGGCUUCCGUACAGUUCAUUCCGUGGACCGGUAAUUCACGGUUAUAUUUAUUAUUUCAUAAUAAUCUUCCAAACUAGAUGCCAUGCGUGUGAAAUAUAGCUAUUUAGAUAAAAUCGAUAUAAAUAUAGCUAUUUAAAUGUAGCUACUUGUUACAGUAACAAAACAACAAACAGUUUGAGUUCAUGUCGUUGUCAUGGCAGCGAAAGGACCACGCCCACAAGCUCUCACUUUGUUGUCUCCUCGGUUUCAGUUGAGCGUCUCAUUGGUGAAUAGAAUCGCGUUUGGAUUUGGUGGUGAAGACGGUUGAGAAACGGUUUUGGGAAUAAGCCCCGCCCCCAGGACCGGCCCCAUCACACGGUAUCAGUGGACAAGCGAUAGUUCUUUUUCUUUUUUCUUUCUUUAACGUCUUUUCAGGUUGACGUUUCGUGCAAUAAUUAUUUUAGAAUGUUAAAGGUGUGUAAAGGCAGUCAGUCCCGGAGCAUAAAUAUAAAACGGAAUGAGAAGUUUGUUUUAGAUCACGAGAUUUAAAAAUACGACUCGCUUCAGAUAAUAAUAAUAAUAAUAAUAAUAACAAUAACCUUUUUAUUUUGAAUGCAGUCCGAGAGGUUUGGUGUCUUGAUUUCUGGCAUUAGUUAGUUUGUUUGUUUAGUUGUGACUCCGCCCCUCUUAGGCCCCACCUCCCGCGGUUUAAAGCUUUAUAUGUCAAUAUACAGUACUUGAGAAAUCCAGUAGUAGUGGAGCAAAUGCUGUGUCCCAGAAUGCAGUGCGGCUGCGUGAGUCGGCUCGGCUAGGUGCGAUCUACGUGAUGACGAGGGCGGUGGUGUUAACUGUGGUAUCAGCAUGUUUGAGUGUACAGAUGAGGAGGAGAGACAGCUGGGCAGAUUUAAGGAUCUAAAGCGCCGCUGCAUCGCAUCGCCCUUUUUAGGUAGAGAUGAUGCGAGGAUAAACCUCACUGCACCGUUAUCAACAAGGCAUUGUGGGAAAUGUAGGGAAACAUUAAUCAGAGUGAAGAUAGAGCAGCCACGAUGUCAACGAAAGACGUUUAACCAAAAAGCUACACCUAUAAUAACCCCGUGUUAAUUAUAAAUACUGACUUGUCCGUUGUUCAGGGUGGAUUUUUCCUUUAAGAAGCAAAAAAUGCAGCGAACAUGUCUCUGCUGAUUGGGUAAAUUUAUUACAACGUGAACACACUGGAGAUUUCAUCAGGCUUGGUCUUUAGCGUGUCCUGCGUGUCGACUGUAGAGAGGAGGCUCUGUUCUGUUUAAUGUGUUACUGUAGAAAUCUUUAUUCAGUGGAACUGGACAUGUUCCCCUCAUCAUUUAUACAAUUUUCGCAAUAUAUUAUUGCAGUAACAGACACAAUAUUGUCCUCAUGGACACUUCACAUUCCCAUCAUUACCCCAUAUAAUAUAUUCAGGAGGAGGCGGACGUAGUCGGUCAAUAAACGGAGAGGAUUUCUUGUUUUAAAAUGUGAGGAGUCGGCACAGCAGAUAAUUGGAGUGAUUUUUAAAAGGGAAAAAUGACGAUAAGGACUGCAGGACUCGUAGGUAAGCUCAGUACCACUUACAGACGCUCUUCUUCUUCUUCAGUGUUUUGAGGAAGAGCUGACUUUUGGGGGGGGGUUAAAAUGAAUAUCACCACUCGAGCCGUCUGUUCUGCUGUUACGUCAGGUUGUGUACACACUCAAGGUUUUUCACAUGUUCCAGGUGAACUCUGAAAUGUUGCAGCGCUGCGUUAUGAAGGAUGGUUUUAUUCUUUUUUCCCGGUAGUUAAUCUCUGGUGUUUAAAGCCCCAGCUGGAGUCUGAGGACUGGAUUGGGUCAGAUCUCUCUCUCUCUCUCUCUCUCUCUCUCUCUCUCUCUCUCUCUCUCUCUCAGAUUUCAGGAUGAUUUUUGGGCUCGGGCUUUAAGGUUUAGUAAUUUUUAAUCUAAUAAUGUGUGAUGGUUUGUGGGAUUUUUUGUUGUUAUUUAACAUUAUUUAAACAAAAUGUUUGAAUUUAAAAAUAUAUAAUAUAUUUUGAAUGAC